AUGAAACACACUGCUUUAAUAUUAAGUGCAAGUUUUCUGUUAAUUGCUUUAACUGGAUUCGCUACAUAUGAAAUCUUUAGAUUUAAGCAUCAAAAAUACCAUGAUAGAUUAAAAUAAAUAGCUGAAAAAGUUAAUAAUUCUAACACAACAUGGAAAGCUGGCGAGAACAUUAAGUGGAUUAAUUCUGAUAUUGCUGGAGUUAAGGCUCAUAUGGGAACCUUGUUGAAUUAAAAAUCUGGUGUUAAAUUAGAAAAGGUUAAUAGGUAAGCUAAUAAUUUACCCAGUGAAUUCGACUCCCGUGUUUAAUGGGGUGACAAGUGCUCAUCUUUAUGGGAAGUUAGAGAUUAAUCUAAUUGUGGAUCUUGCUGGGCUUUUGGAGCAGCUGAGUCCUUAAGUGAUAGACACUGCAUUCACCUUGGCUAAGAUAUCAGACUGUCAACUUAAAACCUAGUUACUUGCUGUGAUGAAUGUGGUUUUGGCUGCGAUGGUGGUUGGCCUGAGGCUGCUAUGGACUAUUAUGUUAACAAUGGUCUAGUAACUGGUGACUUAUAUGGAAAUAACUCCUGGUGCUAAGCUUAUUCUCUUGCUCCUUGUGCACACCAUGUGACUUCUGAUGUAUAUCCUCCUUGCACUGGAGAAUUACCUACUCCUCCUUGCGUUAAAUCUUGUGAUUCUAAUUCCACUUACACCAUUCCUUACCCUAAAGAUCUUCACAAAGGUUCAAAGGCUUAUAGUAUAGAUUAAAACGAAUAGGCUAUUAUGACUGAAAUUUAAACUAAUGGACCUAUUGAAGUUGCUUUCACUGUAUAUGAAGAUUUCUUAACCUACAAGAGUGGAGUUUAUCAACAUGUCACUGGUUCCGAACUAGGUGGACACGCUGUAAAAAUGGUAGGUUGGGGAGUUGAAAAUGGUACACCCUACUGGAUUAUCGUUAAUUCAUGGAAUGAAAGUUGGGGAGAUAAGGGAACUUUCAAAAUUUUGAGAGGUUAAAAUGAAUGUGGUAUCGAAUCUGAAUGCGUUACUGCCCUACCAGCUUACUGA